UAGCAUACUACAAUCUCUGAACUCUCGAUCAGUGGUGGAUAGAGAGAGCUGGAUUUAAUGAUUAUACAUUCUUUUCGACCUCUGAGGUACUAUUAGUACGUUCUGUUGUUUAGAGAGGAUUGAGGUUUGGUUUCUUUGAUUGAAAGGACUCGAAAACUGUUUUGAGAAAGCGAUCUAAUCAGUUUCUCUACGCCUUGUCAAAUCUUGAAAAACUCACAACUACGCGGACUUUAUAUUAUACCGUUGGAAUUUCUCUUGUACAAGAACUUGGAGGACAAAAAAGCCCUAAUAUCUUCAAAAUAAGGUCCUAUUGAUACCUUACCGAUAGAUCUCUUGAUCUAGAGUCCAAAUUAUGGGUUUGGAGGUGAAGAUCUUGGUUGCUUUGUUCGUGUUUACUUUCACUCUUCUUCAAUUCACGAGUCCAGUUUCAGCUGAAUUUGAUUGCAGUAAAUAUACCAACACCUCCUGUUCCUCGUGUACUGAGAAUUCUGCCUGCUACUGGUGUAAAAGUUCAACAAAAUGUAUUCAUUAUCCUGGUUGGACCAAGGUUGUGCCCCACGAUUGUCCACAUAAGGACUGGUAUUAUGGCCAAUGUCGAAUCUCUGGCUUUGUCUUGAUCAUCCUGGUUCCCUCUUUGGCUGCUUUCGCUUUGAUUUUCCUCUGUUGUUGCGUUUACUGCUGCUGUUGUCGAAGGUGCAAGAAAUGGAAACAAAAACGACACGACAAAGAAGAUAUCAAGCUCAAGAGAAAGCGAGACGAAAUGCAAUUACUACACUCACAACGUCGUAACGAGAGGCAAGCAAAAGCUGACAACAUCAGAAAGAAAUAUGGCCUUCUUCCUUCUGGAGGAUAUGAACGUCUUGGUGAUGAGUAAAAUUGCAGGAAUAAUUUGUACCACUUAAGCUUAUAACCUACGAUAAUUUCUGAGAAAGAAGCGAAUAAUUGUUAUUUACGAGUAUAUAGCUGUAUUUUCCUAUCUCUGUCUAAAGGCACAUUAAUCUACAAUAGUCUUUCUAACAGACUGGAAAAAAUCCUACAAAAUUUACGAUCGAAAAUAAUAUGGUAUUUUUGGGCUAUAUUUUUGUUGUAAAACAUACGUUUUUUGAUAUAUUUGUGUGGCUUUUUUGAAGUGGAGGGCUGUAAAAGUUAUUCACUAAUUAUAAACUAUGUCGCUAAAAAAGUUUUGAUACAAUGUAAUCAAUAUGAAUAAAUUACUUUGAUAAAUUCUA